GUUUGUAUAACAAUGGGAUUUAUAGAGAAAUUGAAGGAGAACCAAUGUGAUCUUGGUAUAAACAGUGAAGAACAUUGUGUGUGUGAUGUCUGCAGAUUUAGACAGUCAAAUUAUCGCUUUGUAAUAGGACAUCCUGAGCACAUACUUAACAAGACAGUAUUUGACAUUUUCAAGAACUCUUGUUGGCAAGAGAAGGUGACUUACAUCAUAGUAGAUGAAGCACAUUGUAUUGAAAAAUGGGGAAAUGAUUUCAGAACAGACUACAAAAAGAUUUCACAGCUCAGAUCAGUCUUUCCUCUUUCCCGAGUAUUAGCAUUGACUGGAACUGCAACACAAAAGACGUGUGAAACAAUUGAAAAAUCCCUAUGUUUGAAAAAAGUUCAUGUUGUUAAAUCAUCAAUUGUUAGAGACAAUAUUAAAUUGCUGUGUGAAAAAAGGCCACCACAGAAUACUCUGGACUCAUUCAGGACAGUAAUCAGUCCACUCAUCAGUGAUCUGAGGAAAAACAAAGACAAAUUUCCGAAAACUGUAGUCUAUUCAAAGUUAAAGUGGUGUGCAGAAGGCUACCAAUUGACCAUGAAGCCAGAGGAAGAUGGGACUUCAGUUUGUGAGGAAGUUAAGACAAUUGUUUCCCAGUACCAUGCACCAUGUACAGAAAAGUUUAAAGCAGAAGUUGUUGAGCAGAUGAAUUGUGGUAGUCUACGUCUCCUGUUUGCAACAGAAGCCUAUAGCAUGGGUACUGAUGCUCCUGAUAUAAGACAAGUGGUACACUAUGGGGUUCCUAGCUCUUUGGAAACAUAUCUUCAGGAAGUUGGACGAGCAGGCAGAGAUGGAAUCUUUUCAACAGCAACACUUUACUACAACAAGUACGAUAUAGGAAAAAAUAUGCCUGUUGAUCAGGAAGUUAGAGACUUUGUUAUGACAACAGAUUGUAGGUGGGAAAAUUUAUGCAAAUAUUUUGGAAGUGAGUUUGCCAGAAAGGUUGAUGGUCACGACUGUUGUGAUAACUGUGAGAAACAUUGUGACUGUUUACUUUGCUAUGAACCUUUACUAGAAACUGACAUGACUGAGGAAUUACCGAAAAAAUCAAAGAAAAUGAAGCUUGAAACUGACAAUAAAGAAGUGUUAAGGUCUUUAUUGUUUCAAUAUUUCAAGGCUGAAAGCGAAAUUACAGAAAUGCCAAACAAUAUUCCAUCAACAGGACUGUCCCUUGAUCUGAUUGAAAAAAUCUGCAGUUCUAGAGAACGUCUAGAGACAGUACAACAGAUUCUGGAAUUGUUUCCUUACUUAAAACACCAAUAUGCGGAGAACAUUGCUGUGAUUAUUGGACAUGCUAAGCAUUCUUCUUAAACAACUAUGUUCAUAUACAUUGUCUGGACAGCAUUUCUUUGAUAUGAACUACAUGAAAAAUAUAAAUGACCUUUCAAAAACCAAAGAUUUUUAUAUAUUUUCAGUGAAUUGUUUUUUUGUAAGUUCCAGGACGCUCAUAUACAUGAUAUACAUACGCAUGAAUAAGUACUCUCAAUUUCUUUCA